AGGGGAAAACACACAAUUCACAUCAAUAACGUCAACGUCAACAUCGCGACAAUGCCUCGUACUAGCGCGUACCUCGAUAGUCCCGCCUUGGACCAUGCUAAAGCAAAGGCGUCUGGACGCUUUUAUCGUUCUCUCUGUGAACACACUUCUACUAAACCAUACGAGCAUCAACGGCAUCUCAAUUCGAACCGUCAUCAAGCCAACGUCGCCAAGGAGAAGGCUGGCGUCGUAAAGAGAUUACGUUGCGACUAUUAUGACUACGCUUGCAACAAGCCGUCACAUAUGAAGACACACGAAGCUGGUGAGCGCCAUAAGAAGAGAGUUGCUGACGCCAAGGCUGCGCUUGACGCCGAGGCCAUCGUUGAUGACUCCCCAGAAUAG